GAAUCUCCUGAACCCAGCUGUGUGUCCAUGAAGAGUGACCGGUCAAUGCGUCAUCAAAUUUUAUUCAGUUUGGGAGACACAUCUACUGAUCUGAGUCAAAAACAUAAAGGACCACAAUCACAUACAGCAAAGAAGAACAUAAUAGACUCCAUUUUUAAGGAGCUUGAGCACAAAAUCAUCUCGGAGUUAAAAAGUUUUAAAAAACUACUGAGACCAGAUAAGCCAGAAUGCUUUGAAAGAGACCGUUAUGAUGAUGAGGGUCAUAACAAAGUCAGAGAGGGGCUUCUGAAGAUCACACUGCUCAUGCUGAGGAAGAUGAACCAGACAGACCUUGCUAACACACUACAGACCAAACUGAUGCCUGUGUAUCAACAAAAACUUAGAUCCAGACUACAGGAUAAAUAUCAGCGACUCAGUGAAGGACUGUCCAAUCAUGGAGAUUCAACACGUCUGAAUGAGAUCUACACAGAGCUCUACAUCACAGAGGGAGGCAGUGGAGAGGUCAAUAAUGAACAUGAGGUGAGACAGAUUGAAAUAGUGUCCAAGAGAACAGAGACACAGGAGACACCAAUCAACUGCAGUGACAUAUUUAAACCCUCACCUGGACAAGACAAACCCAUCAGAACUGUGCUGACUAAAGGAGUCGCUGGAAUUGGAAAAACAGUCUCUGUGCAGAAGUUCAUUCUGGACUGGACUGAAGGAAAAGCCAAUCAGGACGUUCAUUUAAUAUUUCCACUUCCUUUCAGGGAACUGAACUUGAUACAGAAACAUACCAGUCUUGUGGAUCUCAUAAACCACCUUCACCCAGAAUCAAAAAAAUUAAAGUUGGCAGAUUAUGAGAAAAACAAAGUCAUGUUCAUAUUUGAUGGUCUGGAUGAGUGUCGAUUCCGUCUAGAUUUCCAAAACAAUCGGAGCUUGUCUGAUGUGACAGAAUCAGCUUCAAUGGAUGUGCUGCUGACCAACCUCAUCAAGGGGAACCUACUUCCUUCUGCUCUCCUCUGGAUCACCUCUCGACCAGCAGCAGCCAAUCAGAUCCCUCCUGAGUGUGUCCACCAGGUCACAGAGGUACGAGGAUUCAAUGACCCUCAGAAGGAGGAAUAUUUCAGGAAGAAAAUAAAUGAUCCGAGUCUGGCUGAUAAAAUCGUCGCACACAUCCAAUCAUCAAGAAGUCUGUUCAUCAUGUGUCACAUCCCAGUCUUCUGCUGGAUUUCAGCCGCUGUUCUGGAGAGGAUGAUGGCUCAAGCAGAGAGUGCAGAGAUCCCCAAGACUCUCACACAGAUGUUCACACAUUUCCUGAUCUUUCAGACCAAACUAAAGAUACAGAAGUAUGAUGGGAAAUCUGAAAUCGAUCCUGAUCAUGCUAGAAAGACUAUUCUGUCUCUAGGAAAACUGGCUUUUGAACAGCUGGAAAAAGGUAACCUGAUCUUCUAUGAGGAGGACCUGAAAGAGAGUGGCAUUGAUGUCAAAGAAGUGACAGUUUACUCAGGAGUUUGUACCCAGAUCUUCAGAGAGGAGUCUGGACUGCAGCUGGGGAAGGUGUUCAGCUUUGUUCAUCUGAGUAUUCAGGAGUUUCUUGCUGCUUUAUUCAAGCUGAUGUCCUUUUCUGAGCAAAACACAGGACUGUGGAAUGAGUUCAGGUCACCAAUGAGCAGUUUACUGAAGAGAGAAGUGGACAAUGCCUUACAGAGUGAAAACGGACACUGGGAUCUUUUCCUCCGGUUCCUUCUAGGUCUCUCUCUAGAGUCUAAUCAGACUCUCCUACAAGGCGUCCUGAGAAAGACAGUAAGCAGCUCUGAUAUCAAUCAGGAAACAGCUGCAUACAUAAAACAGAAGAUCAAGGAGAAUCGCUCCCCAGAGAAAUCCAUCAAUCUGUUCCACUGUCUGAAUGAACUGAAUGAUCGUUCACUAGAGCAGGAAGUACAAACAUAUCUGAGCAGAAAAAGUCUCUCUCUCUGGAGUCUCUCUGGAGUCAACCUGUCUGCUGCUCAGUGGUCGGCUCUGGUGUUUGUGCUGUUGAACUCAGAAGAAGAGCUGGAUGAGUUUAAACUGAGGAAAUAUGAUCGAUCAGAAGAAUGUCUUCUGAGGCUGCUCCCAGUGAUCAAAGCAUCUAGAAAGAUUGAUCUUUCCAGCUGUCGUAUUACACAGAAAGGCUGUGCUGCUCUGUCUUCAGCUCUGAGAUCAAACCCCUCACACCUUAGAGAACUGGAUCUGAGCUGUACUACACCAGGAGACUCAGGAGUGAAGCUGCUCUCCGCUCUACUGGAGGAUCCACACUCCUGGAAUCUCCUGUGUCUCCUGAAUCUCCAGAUCCGCCAUGGCCUCCGGAGUCUCCCGAUCCGCCAUUGCUACCCCAGUCUCCAGAUCUGCCCUGGAGGUCUUCCUCUGCUCCACCCUGUUCCCAUCCUGCACCCCCCUCCAGGUAAUCCUCAGUCACCUCCCAGUGCCUCCAGCUGUCCUCCGAUACCUCCAUUACUCACCAUCACCGAGGUGUACGCUCACUGCCGGCAACUCUGGUCUCUCCAUCCGGCAAGGGAUACACACAGUCUGUGUGUGGUCUGCUUGGGAGCAGAGCACGCAGAGUCGGCUCUUGAGGGAGCCGACUAUCUGCAUUGCAAGCGGCUUCCCCUGCGUAUGCUUCGCUCUCGGAGGGCUCUCUUUGAGGAGGGAGCUUUCACGAGUGUUCCUCACGGUGCUGGCCCCGCUUCCGUCGAGGCAGAGCAGCAGCUUCACUCAUGGAGUUUGCAUUUGGAUCUGGUGGAGGGAAUGCAGAUGGGCAAGUCACUAUCUUCUUCCUCACCUGCCAGAUCCAGUGCCCGCUCUCUGGGAUCUGAAGCGCGCUUCGGCGCUACUUCCCCUCGGGAAUCGGACGCGACACUCCAUCUAUCUGCCUCUGAGGAGGUGAAUGUGGAGAGCGUCGAUGAUUCCCCCUCUCAAUCAUCACAGUAUGAGGAGUUGUUGAAGGUGGUAACUCACACGGUAGCCAAGUUAAACAUUGAUUGGCCCGCUGAGAAAAAAAUCUGA